AUGGCCAAGGAAAACCAAAGCAUAGUGACAGAAUUCAUCUUUCAAGGCCUCUCCUCCCAGCCAAGGAUACAGACUGUUCUUUUCAUAGUGUUCCUGGUUUUUUAUCUUCUCACAGUUGUCGGGAACAUGAUGAUCAUUGCAGUGUUUAGAGCUGAUUGCCAGCUGCAGUCACCUAUGUACUUUUUCCUUGCCAACCUGUCUUUCUUAGACAUCUGUUACGUCUCCAGCAACAUCCCCCAGAUGCUGGUGAACCUCUUGACCGAGAAGAGGACCAUCUCCUUCUCUAGAUGUGCUGCUCAGAUGUAUUUCUCCCUGGCUUUUGGCAUAACAGAGUGUUUCCUGCUUGGGGUCAUGGCCUAUGAUCGAUAUAUGGCAAUAUGUCACCCCUUGCUCUACACCACUGUUGUAAACAGGAAGACUUGCACUCGCAUGGUCAUGGCUUCCUGGGCCAGCAGCCUGCUGAGCUCCAUGGUAGUCAACAGCCUCACUUUGCAUCUACCCUUCUGUGGACCUCACACCUUGAACCAUUACUUCUGCGAAGUUACAGCAGUGCUGGCCUUGGCCUGUGCUGACACUGCCCUCCUGGAGUCGGUCAUCUUCAUCUUCAGCAUCCUCAUUGUCUUCAUCCCCUUUCUUCUGAUCAUCACCUCCUACGCCUACAUCCUUUCCACCAUCCUGAAGAUGCAAUCUGCACAUGUGAAAUCUAAGGCCUUUUCCACCUGUGGAUGCCACCUGACAGUGGUAACCAUAUUCUAUGGGACAGCCAUCUGCAUGUACAUGAAUCCCAAGUCAAGGUCUCCACAGGAUAGGGACAAAGUGGUUGCAAUGUUUUACACCAUUGUAACCCCAAUGCUGAACCCCCUCAUCUACAGCCUCAGGAGCAAGGACAUGAAGUGUGCCCUGAGAAGGGCAAUGAAUAGACCCAAAUCCCUCUUUAUAUAA